AUGUUCCAACUGUUCCUAGCUGCGGCUGGCGCACUGCUGGCCUCGUACCUCUACUCGAGGCUGAGAUACCUGCGCAGCAGGCAAUUCGCACACAUUCCACAGUUGCCGAACCACCUUCUCUGGGGCCAUCUCAAGGCCUUCGGCGAGUUCACGAGUCAAGGGAUACGCGACCGUCACCCAGAUAAAAUCUUCGAAGAGAUGUGGGUAUCGUUGGGCCGACCCCCGGUUAUGCUCGUAGACCUCCGCCCUAUCGUCCCUCCUAUGGUUCUGGUCCCCAGCCAUAGUAUGGCCGAACAGAUAUCCAAGCAGUCUAAUCUCUUCCCUCUGAGCACGCCCAAGUCCCCAACGUGGAGGCAUAUGAUACCUAUAAUAGGAGAGACGUCAAUUAUAGGUAAAGAAGGUCAAGACUGGAAGGAUCUCCGGAAACGGUAUAAUCCAGGUUUCUCACCUCAACAUUUGUGGACUCUGUUGCCCCUCAUCCUUGAGAGUAUGGGACCAUUCUUGAAGUACCUGGACGACUUUGCCUCUUCAGGAAAAUCAUUCUCUCUGGAACAACUCAUGUCUAAUUUAACCCUUGAUAUUAUCGGUGCCGCUGUGAUGGGAGCCGAACUCGACGCACAACAGUUGGGCAGCUCGAAGCAAGGCGAACUCGCCCGGCUAUUCAAUGAGAUUGUGAAGACUUACCACGACGAGAAAAGCAAUCUUCCAUGGUGGCUGAACCCUCUGACUACAUCGAAGCGAUACCGACUAGCUAAGCGUACUGAUGCGCUGGUAAAGGAUACAAUUCAGCAAAGAUAUACCGAGUUGAAAGAGGAAGUGAAAGGGAACCGAUCACGGAGCAUUGUGGCUCUCAGCAUCCAAGAUACAGAAGCCCUUACGCCGCAGCUCCUAUCAGAGACAUCAGACCAAGUCCGCAGUUUUCUAUUCGCAGGACACGAUACAAACGCGAGCAUGCUCCAGUGGGCAAUCUACGAGCUGAGCCGCACACCCCGCGCGCUCAAGGCAGUCCGCGACGAGCUCGAUGAGGUUCUCGGGCCUGAAGCCGACCCACGCACCAUAUGUGCUACCCUCGCAGAGCGAGGCGAGCAAAUCCUCCCCGGUCUGCAUUACGUCAACGCCGUGAUCAAAGAGACACUUCGCCUGCACCCCCCAGCCGCCACCGUCCGCAUGACGCAACCUGGAGCCGGCUUCACAGUUCGCGCCCCGACCGGCGAGGAAUACAAUCUCGACGGGACCAUGAUGUACUCCGCGCACAGUAUCAUCCAGCGGGACCCAUCCGUCUACGGAGACACGGCGGAUGUCUGGCGCCCUGAGCGCUGGCUCGGGGAGGCGGCCAAGAGCAUCCCCGCCAGUGCAUGGCGGCCGUUUGAGAGGGGUCCGAGGAAUUGCAUCGGGUCCGAACUUGCGAAUCUCGAGUCUCGUAUCAUCAUCAGCGUUGUGGCCCGGAAGUACGAUUUUGUUAAGGUGGGGCUGGGUGAGAGCGUCUUGGAUGAAAAGGGACUCCCUACGCUUGAUGGCAAUGGCCAAUAUAAGGUCAAGUCGGAGUUAUAUAACGACCCGCAAAUCAGUACGGCAGAACACCGAUCCGAGUUGAGAUCGACUGAGGCCUUCAUGAGCUUUCUGAAGCGCGAGGUACGGCUGCAACGCCUUGGCGCCGCAGGGCUAUAG